UUGUAUAUUUUUUCGUGUGUACUGGUAUUAAACUGAUCACGAAAAUGCUACCAAAAAGUUUAACAAAUAGCGGAAAUCGGCUAUGUAUUGACGCAUAUGCAGCUGCAUCCACAAUGAGGCGUUUUACUGCAGUGGCAGUAUUUUUUAUAUGGUAAUAUAUUUUGCAGUAGCUUUAAACGCCAUUUGGCUUUAGUUUACAAUACUGUGUUAACCAAAAGGAAAAACCGACAACCCAUGCCCCGUUGAUACAACAAUUUUGCAAAACCUUUCCAAGAUACGAGUAGUUACCACCGGAGCAUGGAUUUCUUUAUCUGGCUUCUUGCUGGCUGUUUAGUGCUGAUCGUGACGACAAGAAAUAUAGCGGCAAUGAUCAACUUAUCGAUACCGGCUUUUACGAUUCCAUACGAGAACUCGCACUACGUCGAAAUUUUCCCCUUGCCGGUUAACGCUGGCAUAGCUGCACCACUGUUUUUUUACGGUCCUGCCGGUAUUUUUCAUUCCACUACUGUACAAACCAUAUUGAAUCCCAGCGGAUUGGCAGCAUCAUAUUUUGUCAGCGUUAAGAUUAAACUAUGGGAUGCGGAGUAUAUCGAAAACCUGCAGUCGUUUGUUAUACGGCAAACCAGAAAUCCCGAAGCAUCAAUAUCUCCUGCACCAUUCAAAUGGAUGCGUGUCGAGUACACGAACGACAACGGCCCUGUGAAACCGGCAAAAAGCCAUUGGCAACCAAUCAGAAACUUUCCCAAAAUGGUUUCUCUUUCGCUUCACUGCGAAACACUGGAGCUGUGCGAGCGCAUCAAGGAAUUCAUCCAGAAGAACACAGCGCACUUUGCAUCGAGUAUUCACCUGUCGUUCGCUUUCGAUGACCCCGUCACACGAAAGAUACAUUUUUCUAUCGAUGCACAACAUUCACCAAUUGUCAACCAGCUAAUGGAAGACUUCACUGCACGGGAUUACAUUUUUAUGCAGGAAACCGAUUACUACACGUUGCUGUAUGAUAUCCUCAUAAGCAAUCUGGAGGAGCUAAAGGUCACGGAUGAAUUCGUUGACGACAAUGAAAUUAACUGCUGCAUAAAAAGGUGAAUACCGGCAAUGCGGUAUAACAUGACUUCUACGGCACAUUUUACGGAAGAAAUGUGGAAAGGCACGUAUUGGUCGGAUCAAGGUCACCGGCCUGAUAUCCGUGCCCGGCACCUGGAUGAUCUGUUCAGUAACGGGAGAAUGUGGCUGCAGAAGACGAUGUGUGGCGAUAACAUCUCCGCCGAGAUGAACCCAUUCGGGCGGUCACAGUCGGUGGCCGAAGCCUUGGAAGAAUUAAGGUCAGGGAAAAGCGGAUUGCUGUUUGAUGGCAGCAAGAUCGUCAUUCAACCGAUGACCAUGUACUGCAUUGAUAUGAGGAAACUACGUCAGUCACAGGCACUGCGCAAUGUUAGUAUCCGACUAACGAAAAACAGUGUGGAUUAUAUUGCAAAUGUGCAUGUGGUGCAAAACGUUCGCGACAAUAACGAGAUGGCGGCAACCGUUGGCUCAGUGGGUAACUGUAUGGAGCCACCGAAUCAUUACGCAUGGGGCGAGAUUAGGAAUGUUGGCGGAAAUUUAUGUAUCGUUGUGACUUCGACAAACCAUAAUGACCAGCUCGGGUUGGAAUCGUGCGUAAAAGACGAAAACGAUCAAAGGGGCGAGCAGUUUUUCCUCUUGACAUGGUACAAAGAUAUUCGUCCGCGUGGGCGUGCGGUGUGUUUCGACAUUUCCUCGUACGACAAUAUGGCGCCCGUGAUAUUGUACGAAUGUCGUCAAUUACAGGGAUAUCAACAAUGGAGAUAUAUCCCCGACACUAGAGCCCUAGUCCAUUCGAAUUCUGGAAAAUGUUUAGACAGCUGUAAUGAUAGGAAAGCGAUAUUCAUAAGCGAUUGUGAUGCAUCGAAAUCAAGUCAGCAAUGGUUGUUUGAAAGUUACAAUAACGCACUACUUUCCAAGCUGUAAGGUCAAAGACUAAAAGACUUUCCCCAAGAGCUGCGUGAUUCUGGCAUUAACUCAUUUUCAUUUUCAGAGGACGAUUUCUCUUGAAUGUGAUUCGUAAAGAUAAUAAAUCGCAGGCAUCUGCUUGGUUUAAAACAAAAUAUGUAACAAAGAUACGAAA